AUGGUGCUUAAAUUCCUGCGGAGGUUUACUACAGGAACAGUAGCACUCUAUUGUGUGGGACACACCAUCAGCAAGCAUGUCGGUGAACUUCUCAUUUGCAGCGGUCCAUCGAUGCAUCCGACCUGUCAAGACGGUGAAUUAAUCCUUGCUGAAAGACUCAGUGUCAAAUUCGAUAACAUUCAAGUUGGCGACAUUGUUGGCUGUAUCAACCCUCAAAAACCAAAAGAAUUGCUUUGUAAACGGAUAGUUGGCAAAGAAGGCGACCCAAUUACUUCUCACUUGCUACCAUCUGGACGUGUCCCAAUUGGACAUGUAUUUCUACAAGGAGAUAAUACACCAGUGUCCACCGAUUCCCGGCAUUUCGGUCCGGUCCCCGAAGGCCUCGUUCAGAUUCGCCUCAGUCUACGUAUAUGGCCAUUGGAACGGGCGGGAUGGGUCAAUGAUCGCUGGUUCUGGGAUAAAAGUAAUUAA